AUGGGUCGUGGAAGGAUACCCAUGAAUCUCAUUGAGAAAGAAAAGACUCGGAAAACAACAUUUCAAAAGCGAAAAACCGGAUUAAUCAAGAAAGUUUAUGAGUUUUCCACCCUUUGUUCAGUUGAUGUUGGUGUAAUUAUCUUUGCCUCCAAGUAUCUUGAUGAACCUGAAACAUGGCCACAAGAUCCAAGAGAGGUUAACCGAAUUAUUCAAAAAUAUCUGAACACCACCAGUGAUAGGCGUCCAAAGGUGUAUGAUGUGGAAGAGUAUUUCAGUGAAAAAAUGAAAAGGAUUGAAGGUGAGAUUUCCAAAGUGCAGAAAGAGAAGAUCCAACUCAUGUACCCAACCUGGGAUGACUCUUACAACGUUCUUGAAGAGGAACAACUGAGGAUGUUUCUUAGUAUUUUGGACGCUAAGCUUAAUGCUUGUAACCAAAGGAUGAAUAUGUUGAAGCGAGAGUCAAAGGGAAAAACAAUAUCAGACAAAGAUGAUCUACUUGUUCCCUCAGUAGCCCCAAAUAGUCAUCACAAUUUUAUGCAGAAUGUGUCUCAAACACAAAUUUUCCCUCUUAAUGAUAAGAGUCAAGUUCCAUUUUAUCCAUGUCAUCCAAGCCAAAGUUCUCUUUCUUCUUUGUUUCAUUUUGGUCAAAAUUGUACGCAAUUGAUGGAAAAGAAUACAAUGGUGGAUUGGGGUCAUCAGGUUGGGGCUGCUACAAGUGAUCACAAACUGGUUAUACAACAGGAGGAUCGAUCCGACAAAAACCAAAACUCCUCACAUUGUUAUUACAAUGGAAAUAUGCAAACAACGCAGUCAUAUAACAAUGUUUCUUUUCAGUACGAUGCAGUUUUCCAGAACUUAUCAAAUCAAGCAGGAUCAUCACAAGGAUUUGAACCUAAUGGUUUUCAUGAUUCAACUAUGUUUCAACCUUAUUUUUUCAACUCUCUUCAUAGAAGAAAAUAG